UGAAACUUAUUCUGAGUCUUUGGAUCCUCAGUACUUGCUUAGGCCCAAUUGUCAGAUUAUCUUUGUCCGCUUUGGUUUAUUUGUAUUUGACAAUGCCUCCCCUUCACAUCUCCAGCACUUUCGUCUCUAUGAGAUGUUCUUGCGUAUUUUGGCCAGUAUCUUUGAUCAUCUCCAGCGUGAUGUUAGGUGUUUGUUGUGGAUUUCAUUUCAACACACAUAAUGUAAUGAAGUCAUGAUCUCUCCCUCAUUGCUUACGAUAUAUGUACAGUGUUCUUUAAAUAUGGCAUAACAUAACCAAUAUAUGUACCUCUAAACAGAAUAAUCUAUAUAUGAAGCUAUUGUUUUUUUAAUUUUUAUCAGUUAGUGGCCAAUAAUUGUUCUGUUUUUACUAACAACUGCUGAUUUCCAUUCAGUUUUACCAAAUUAAGAUUACAAUACAUAACAAAUAUAUAUAUUAUAAUUAGUUUUAAUCCACUUUCAACUUGAUUUCGUUCACUUAGUUAAUAACUGAGUCGUAAUUUCAUUGAUCCUUUAUAUUUCAGAAGACAAAAGACAAACACGUACAGAAUAGCUUCUUCUUCCUCCUUUUUUUUUCUUAGUUACUAUUUUGAUUUGGUUUAGCAAUUACAUUAUGUCCAACUACAGAAUGAAAAGUCUCUUGAAGGGUCUUAGGUACAUUUCUCAUAUAUUUGAAAACGAGAAAGAGCCAGAGAUGCAAAUUGGAACUCCAACAGAUGUAAAGCAUGUUGCACACAUUGGUUGGUAUGGAGGAUCUGUCAAUCAAAACUCACCUAGCUGGAUGAAUGAUUUUAAAGCAUCGGGUGGUGGAUAUGCAUCUACGCCUCUAGGAAAUUAUAUCGUAGAGGAUGCCUCGGAAGAUUCAACUCGAUCACGUGACAUACCAAGACAUCCAAGAUCGUCGAGAGACCGUUCGAACAAUGUGGAUUCACCAAUAAAAGGACGAUCACGACGUGGAACCUUAAACUCUAGUGGGAAUCCAAAAACUUCACGGAGAUCAAAAGAAACUUGUGAUAAUCCUCAAGACGGUUCUAGAAAAUCUCGUAGAAGAAAAACUAGAGAUUGUGCGAAUGAUGGAUCGUCACGAUCGUCGCGUAGAACAUGCGGAUCACAGACAGAAUCUAUACUGUAUGUUACAGAAUCAAUCUAAGUGUGGUCUUAUAAAACUAUCAUGUAUCUUCUUCUUUUUUGAUCAAACUUCAUGUAGCUUUUAAGCUUUGGUUGGUUUAUAAGAAAAUUCAAUCUUGAUGUGUAUU